UUAUAUCCGACCCUACUUUUUGGGCAUUCUCUCAAGGAUCCUGUGAAAGAAAAAAGAAAAGAAUGCAUACCCUUUCUUUCUCUUCAUUCUUAUUGUUCACCGUCAUUUUUCAUUUGUGUUUGCAUCACGAGGUGGCUUGUGAGGAUCCAUUGAUUGGGACAAAAAGAGAAGCAUUAGAAAUAGUCAUUGGUAGGGGUGGUGAAGCUUCUCCCCCUUCUACUGAAAAAGAGGACUGUAUUUCAUACCCUCCUCCUCCCCCGCCUGAACCCAAAUGUCCACCACCACCCCAUCCACCUCCGCCUCCACCGCCUCCGCCUCCACCACCUCCAUGUAAGUUCCCGACCGCAAAUGGCUGCUUUGAAAACGCGCGACUUGCAAAAGCUCAUGACGUAAUCCAAAAGUUCAAGGAGAGAAUCCACGUUGAUGCUAAUAGCAUCAAAUACAUAGAGACAUGGCAAGGCAACGACGUUUGCAAGUACAAAGGCUUCAGCUGUCGAAAGCGUCCUGACGUGAUGGAAAAAGCAGUUGCUGCAGUACACUUCAAUGGUGCUAAAUUUGCUGGGCGUGAUGGUUCCCUUCCCCUUGAUGAUUUCAUUGAUGAGUUAGACGAUCUAACCAUAUUCCAUACCAACUCUAACAACUUCACUGGUACAGUACCUUUUGGAGUAUCCAAAAUUAAAUACUUGUAUGAGCUUGACCUUAGCAACAACAAUAUAUUUGGUGAUUUCCCCAUGGAAGUUCUUGGUGCCUUGAAUUUAACCUACCUAGACUUAAGGUUCAACUCGAUUAAGGGGGUCGUUCCACCACAAGUGUUCAAAUUAGAUCUUGAUGUGCUCUUCAUCAACGACAACAACUUUGAACAGAGGCUUCCUGAUAAUCUCGGUGACACACCAGUUCUCUAUCUCACCUUUGCCAACAACAAGUUCACUGGUCCUAUUCCACCAAGCAUUGGCAGAGCUCGUAACCUGUUGGAAGUGCUUUUCCUCAACAACCAUCUUACAGGGUGCUUGCCGUAUGAGAUUGGGAAUCUGAGUCAAGCCACUGUGUUUGAUGUAGGCAAUAACAAUUUAACAGGCCAUAUACCAUACCCGUUUGGGUGCUUGAAAAAUAUUCAGAUACUCAAUUUGGCCAAUAACGAGUUCUAUGGGGAAGUACCGGAAAUAGUUUGCCAGCUCUCUAAUCUUCAAAACUUCUCUUUGUCAAACAACUAUUUCACUCAGGUUGGCCCUUUUUGCAGGAAUUUAAUUUUGAAAAAGAAACUCGAUGUCAAGAACAACUGCAUUUUGGACCUCCCGUCACAAAGAUCAAAAGCUGAGUGUGCUGCAUUUUUCUUAAGAGCACAGUAUUGCGAGAGGAAUGAAUCAUUCAAGUGUGUUCCUUCCAUAAAAGAUGGUUAUAAUUAUUCCAAUUCAACGGGGAAAUCAGAUCAAGAAUCAACUGCUUCUGUCCCAUCCGGUAGAACUUAUAGCACUCUUAUUCCUCAUCGGCUGUGACUUCCAUGCUUUAGAUGGACCUCAUCAAGAACAUCAUGCUGGGUCAUUGGCUACUUAAGCGUAUAUCUCUGUGCUGAUACUGUCUGAUAUUUGAUGCAGAACUUCAAUGUAUUAAAUUUUUUAGUGAAUAAAUCAACAUCCUUUUUCCUUCUAAUUAAGAAGCCCUGUUUCCUUAAACAUCCAAAUUGCUUGCUUGCAAGAAGAUAAGUUUUAAAAAAACUAGUUACAGGUUCAAUCAAGUUCAUAAUUGCAGAACCUACUUGAAAGCUACGGUUGCUGUCUGUAUAUGUCUUUAAUAAAAGUUUUCUCCAACA